AUGGAAACAGCAAUGCCUUUAGAAAUAUUUUAUGACAACGUGUCAAUUCUGGAUCUGGACAGUACUUCAAUAAACAACAUCUACAUUCACAAGGAUUUUGAUGCCUUCAGCGUUACCAUGGCCCUCCUCUACCUGGCAGUAUGCAUUGUGGGAUUGGGCGGGAACUCCCUGGUCAUCAUCAGCAUCCUAAAGCUUGACAAAAUGUCAUCUGCCACCACCGUCUAUAUUUUCAACUUGGCUUUGGCUGAUGGCCUCUUCAUGGUUGGACUUCCCUUCAUCGCUAUCCAAAACUUCCAGGACCAGUGGAUCUUUGGAGACAUGGUCUGUAAACUGGUUAUGGUACUGGAUGGCAUCAAUCAGUUCACUAGCGUGUUCUGCCUAACUGUGAUGAGCGUUGACCGAUACAUGGCUCUAGUAGAUCCGCUGCGCUUCGCUCGUUGGCGGACCCCCCAACGGGCAAAAGUCAUUGCUGCCUUGAUGUGGUUUAUCUCCCUUUUUUCUGUUAUACCAAUGGCUAUUCACUUUUCAGCCCACUAUGGUCUGUGCACAAUAGACCCCCAUGUGGCCUCUGACACUUGGUGGUUGACCUUUCUCAUCUACACCUUUAUACUCGGCUUUGCUCUGCCAUUCACCGUUAUGAUUGUAUUUUACACAGCACUGGUGGUGACUCUAAAAAACGCCAACAGGCAACACGGUGGAACUUCCUCCUCUCUUGAGAGCCACAGGUUGGAGAAGCAGGUCACCAAAAUGGUGGUGGCAGUUGUUGUGGUAUUUGGCGUGUGCUGGCUCCCGUUCUACGUCUUCAACUUCUGUUCUCUGCACCAAACAGACUUGGUACUUAACUUCACCCGCGGUUUUGAGUUUGUGGUGCUGCUGUCCUACUCGUGGAGCUGCGCCAAUCCCAUACUGUAUGCAUGUCUGUCGGAGACGUUCCGGAGGCAUUUCCACGCCCUAUUCUGCCCUCACAAAAGUUCUCCCACACAUUGUGACAGAGACACAGAGGGUUACGUCCUGCACGACACUAACAUACAAGAUGUGAAUGUGUUAGCUUAAGACACCCUUGACAACAUUCAUAUUUUAGUGCUUGUGGAACAAUGCACGCUAUUGUAAACAGCCAUUCCUCGCUUCGGCGCUUCCAGAGCCGUCAAUUUAACAUCUAAUUUUUGUAGUAUGCUUAAAAUUUGUGCAGCAUGGCUUUUGUUACUAAGCAAUAGACUGCAGUUGAGACAUCGCAAGCGGAACAUGAUAACUCACUCUGGUGCAACAGUUUUCAUGAUGGCAGUAUCACAAAAGCAAAGUUGACUUAGGAACCAAAAGUUUACUCUGUGUCUCCAUGCAAUAGAAGGACCAUGUAAGAGUGAUUAUGUGAUUUCUGCCCUCCAACAAGUGCUUUCGAGUUGAUUGUAGACUUUUGGAUAAUGUCAUGGUUGUCAUGGCAUCCAGUUUGGACUGAAUUAUGUGUGAUGGGAUUCUUGUGUGACUGUUGCCACAUGAUAAAUCACUUC